CUGUGAAAUUUCUUCACAAACAUUUUAUGAACUCUAUUUGUCCAUCCUUUUAAUAUCACUCUGAUGGAUGAUGAAAACAAUUUCACUUCUAACUUGAUCUCAUCAAUAAUCUCAGCCACUCGAUCUCAACAUUUCCGAAUUCCAUGGAUCCGAGCAGGGCCGCCACCGGUAACCGAAACAAGAAGAGAGCCGCGUCUGAUGAAGCUGGAGAAGCUCAAGGUGACUGCAAGAGAAGAGUACAUGAACUUCUGGAUAGUUAUGGAUUUUCCACUGUAGUUGAAGAUUCGAUUAUUAAAGAAGGAGUUAAGGCGUUCGUUGAUGAACGAUGGCCUGAAUUUGAACACAAAAUUCGGCGACAAGUAUCCAAGGAUAUAGAAAAGAAAGUGCAGAUAACGUUCAACGCUCUUUUACCAUCUCCAAGCAAAGAUGAAGUGCGACAACUGGAAGGAACUAGGACAGAUGGUGCAGUACACAAAAACUUAUCUUUAUUUCAAGGGAUAAGCGAAAAUUGUAUGAAGAUUGUGGGUGAUUUCUUCGACCUUUAUUGUCAACUGGGUCCUACCUUUCUGAAAGAGGCCAAUGAUCAAUUGAUGGAAAAUGAAGCACAAGUUCAUUCUAGCAAGAAUUUUGAAGUUGAUGAGCAAAACUAAAGCUCUGAGGAGUCUUUCUAAUAGCAAGGAAGCACUAAAAACAAUAGGUGAAGGUGAGGAGUACAACCUUCGUGAUAGACAUGAUAAAGAUAAGCCAUUAGUCAUUUUCUUUGAGUUUAUUUAGUUUGAGAACUUAACCAUUUAAUUUCUUGUUAAAGGUUGUUCUAGUUGGAACUUUGAAUUAUUGUUUGACUCUAGAGUUGGGCGAUUGCAACUGACUUUACCUUGUUUUCUAUAGCUUUUGAGAGUUUAUUGAUUUUGGUUAUGCUUUGCCAAAGUUUGCUGGACAUCUUAUGAGUUGAAUAUGAGCUUGAUUUAUGGUUUGAGACAGAUUGGAUUGUUUGUUGGAAGUCUCUAUGUAAAAAUUUCAUAUCUCACUUAUUAGGUGCAAUGUAAAUUGGAAGUUAAUUAUUA